AAUGUCUCAAAAACCUGUGCUAAUGUAAAGUCCCACAUUGGGAAGAAGAGAAAAAAUUGAGUAGUAUAAACAUGCUCACUCAAUUUAGAAGGUUCAAACGCUUAUAGGGUGGCUGGGCCCGGCUCCCCACGUGUGUCACCGGUUAGCUCAGGGUGGACGAUAUGCAUUUCAUCUUGUUUUGUUGAAGGGCUUUUAAAUGAUAGUUCAUUUCAAAACGAUAUGCAUUUCAUCUUUGUCCAAAUUUCUUAAACGAAAAGAGAAAAUCUUGGAAAGGAAGUUUGUUAGGGGUUUGAUCGGUAAGAGUUGUGUUUUUAUUUUUUGGCUGUAGAAAUAUUGCUGUGAUUAUUUUUAUUUUGGCUCUAGAUUUUUAAUUUUUAAAAAUCUUAAAUUUAGGUUGUAGGUAUUUAUCACUAUAGAGCAAUUAUAAAAACAUAAAUUUAAAGAAGUGAUAUGGAUUUAAAAAAUGUCUGUAAACUUUAAAAAAUACAAAUCAAGAUUAGUGUAGAUUUAAGGUUGUAGAUAUAAUUAUGGUUGUAAAGAGCAUUUACAGCAAUAACCAAUCACACUUUAGAUUUUUACUCGUACAGCAGCUGUUGCGGAAGUGUUUCUCUUCUUUUUCUUUAAAUAAAUUCAACUCUUUUCAUUUAUAUGAUAUUUUAACAUCAAAAUCCAAUAGAAAAAAGUGUAAGUUUAUAAGUUGAUCGAUUUUAGAGUAAGAAAAAAAAAAUAGAUGAAUAUUUUGAGUUUAAGAGUGAUACUUCAAUGGAAAAAGAUGAAGAAGAAGAUUUAGGGUCAAAGUCAUAUUGGAUUACACUUCAGACUAUGGAUUGUAUAUACGUAGAAUAAGAGUGACCUUUUUUUUUUGACUCAACAAACUGUUAAUUUCAAUGGAAUGAGAGCGACAUAGAUCUGUUAAUUUGUUAAAGUCUUUAGAUUUUUUAUUUAUUUUAUCUUACAUGUAAAAUAAAAUAGAAAUGAGGUUAUAUUAGAAAAAUGUGAAUGUAUGGGGGGGGGGGGGCAUAUUAGAAUUUGUUCCGGCAGAUUCAUUGGGUUAAGGGUUUUAGGCAAAAACUGCUCUCAUCGGUCUCUCACUGAAACCCAAAUCGCCAAUUUUGAUGCGGUUCUCUCCAAUUCCACCAUUACUCUCACAGUUGAGACUGGCUCGGAGAGCAGCAUCAGCAUCAGCAUCAUCCGCCUCUUCGCGUUUCUCCUCCACCGUCUCCCCCCCUUACCCCAACCUCUCAGACUCCGAACACCACGUGAAUAAUAACCACCACCUCAGCUUCGAUUUCAAUCUCUCCAAAAUCAAUCAAACCGGCCUUCUCCGAGUCCUCCACAGCGCCAAAGACGACCCAAACCUCGCUCUCUCGUUCCUCCGCCACCUCAAACAAAACGCGGUCCCUCUCACCGUCAACGCGUACGCAGCUCUCGUCAGAAUCCUCUCUCGCUGGCGGUUAGACAGGAAGUUAGAUUCGGUCCUCGUCGAAGUAAUCACGAACGAGGAGGAGCGUGGUUUCUCCGUGAUGGAGCUCAUGGAAGCAAUCGGGGAACAAGAAGAAGACUCUAACUUCCUCUUGCCUCGAGUCUCCUGCGCCUUGGUUAAAUCCUACGUCGGCCUCGGCUUGUUCGACGAAGCGAUCGAUGUGUUAUACCAAAGCAAACGCCUCGGCUGCGUCCCUGGCAUCAAGUCGUGCAACUUCUUGAUGAACCGUUUGGUGGAGUUCGGUAGAACCGAUAUGGUGGUUGCUCUUUUCCGCCAGCUUAACCAGCUCGGCCUGUCCGCUAACGACUACACUUACGCGAUUGCGGUUAAGGCGUUAUGUAGAAAACGCGAUUUGGACGGAGCCGCGAGGCUGCUGGAAGAGACUUCGAGUAUGUUUGCUUAUACGACUUUUAUCGAAGGGCUUUGUUUGAACGAUAAGACGGAGAUGGCUUUUGCUUUUAUCGAGGACCUGAUAGACGCCAAGGCUCUGAAUGGCGACGCGCUUGCGUUCGCGUUUGGGAUGCUGGUCCGCGGCUUCUGCAACGAGAUGAAUGCAGAAGCCGCGGAAGAAGUUAUUUUCAGGAUGGAGGAGUUUGGUAUCGGUCCUGAUGUUUACGCGUGCUCGGAGGUAAUCGAUCGGUACUGCAAGAGCUUGGAGUUGGAUAAAGCUUUGAGAAUCGUGGACGUGAUGCUGCAAAAGGGAUUGAGAAUCAACUGCGUGAUCGUGAGUUCGAUCCUCCAUUGCUACUGUAAGAUGGGAGCGUUGGGUGAGUCCUCGAUGUGGCUGGAAGCUUUGAAAAGGUUCGAAGAGUUCAGAGACAUGGAUGUUUACCUAGACGAGGUGUGUUACAACGCGGCGUUUGAAGCCUUGAGCAAGCUGGAGAGAGUGGAGGAAGCUAUGAAGCUGAUGGAAGAGAUGACGGAUAAAGGAAUGGUUCCUGAUGUCGUCAACUACACGACUCUGAUCGAUGGGUACUGCCUUCAAGGGAGAUUCUCCGACGCGCUUGAUUUGUUUGAUGAGAUGAGAGCGAAUGGCACCGAGCCCGAUGUGAUCACGUACAACGUGAUCGCUGGUGGGCUCGCCAGGAAUGGUUAUAGCGAAAAGGCGGUUGAGAUUUAUAAAGCUAUGAGAAUUGAAGGUGUAGAGCCCACUGCUGUCACGCACAGUGUGAUCAUCAGCGGCCUCUGUUCCGCGGGUAAGAUAGAAGAAGCCAGAGAGUUCUUCACGAGUGUGGAAGACAAGUGCCCGGAAGAUUACGCAAGUUUGGUGAAAGGCUAUUGUGAUUCCGGGCUUCCUAGAGACGCCUAUAGAAAAUUCGUCGAGCUGAACUCUCCUCUGCCAAAGAACGUGUGCUUUAAACUGUUUACCGCUCUCUGCGAGGAGGAUAAGAAUUGUCAGGGCAAAGCUCUGAGGGUGCUGAAAAGGAUGUGGGCUUAUGGAGUCGAACCCGCGAGGAGCAUGUAUGGUAAAAUGAUAAGUAAAGUAGAUAACGUGAGGGAAGCCGAGCUGGUGUUUGACAAGAUGGUUGGGAGGGGAAACCUCCCUGAUCUCGUUACUUAUACGAUCAUGAUUCAGACGUAUUGUAGGCUAAUGGAGUUGCAGAAAGCAAAUGAUCUUUUUGAGGCGAUGAAGCAGAGAGGGAUAAAACCUGAUUUGAUAAUAUACACGGUUUUGUUUCAUGGUUAUCUGAGGUUGGAUAGAGAGAUGGGUUGUGAUCUUCGAGGAGAAGCUAAACAGAUUUGGAAAGAGUUAGGAGCUGCUUGUAUAGAACCAGACGUUAAGAUGUAUACUGUUCUGAUGAAUCACCAUUGCAAGAUUGGCAACGUAGAUAUCGCCACGGACAUCCUUUAUCGAAUGAUAGAGUGUGGGCUGAAGCCUGAUAAUGUGACCUACAAUGUUCUAAUAUCUGCUUGUCAUCGCAAAGGAUGCACAGAUGCACUUGUUACCGAGUUGUCAGGAAAGGAUAUUACACUGCCUGAACAUUUGUUUGCUGUAGUUAAGCGUGCUAUGAAGACCAGGAGGUCUCAGUAUCGGAAAUGAAGAGUGUAUAUUUGAAAGGUCCAACAUGGAUUUGCCAGUGAUCUAUAUAUUUAAUUUUGCAUCUUAUUUGGAGGCAAAAAAGUAGAAUUCAAAACAUUGAGAGAAAUCAAAAGACUACACCGGGCAUGAGUACUCUUGCUGUAUGGGAACCAGAGUCUGAGGAGGAGACACAGAAGUAGCUGCAUGUUAUCCACUUAUAUGACUGAAAACCAGGAUCUACGUGUAUGUAUCUCACAAAGCCCAUGGAUAUGCUGGGGGCAAGUCUGUUGAUGUUGACGGAUACAAAUGUCUCCUCCUCCACUUGACCGUAUCUUGAUUCACUGUUUCAGAAGAUGAUACGUUCCGUUACUUCCGUAGGGUCUCUUAAGGCAGAGAUGAGCUUGGGAGUAUAACAAAGUUGUUAAGUUGAAGAACCCGAAGCUGAGUUGGGAGGGAAAUAUUCUGGAUGUACAAAUACCAUGUACGUUUUUUUCAAAUAUAUAGAGAGAGAUUUUGCAUUCAGUCGAAGUUGGCGAUUGGUUUGGUAGAGUUUCCAAAUCUUGGACCGUGCUGGAAUAUAUAAGUUUUUUUUUCUGCACCGGUGCAUUAACAGUCACGUUCUUCUCUUCGUCCUCUUUCAUAGUGCCUUCUUCCUUUUGCUUAUUUGGUUGUUCUUUUCGUUCCACUGAUAAACUCGUCCCGAACGAACUAGUCCCAGAAAGUCCGUGGAACAGUCACAAAAGGAUGAUUCACUGACAUACUACUUCCUUGACACAGAACCUCCACCCAGCUCUCUUCUUGUAUAUAAACAGACUUCAUUAGUAUGCAAUGAAACCUUUAUCCAAAUCUGAAGUCUCAAUAACUAUUUAAGCUUUAAAAAACUCACCUUCCAAGUAUUCUGUUACAUAAUUUGUGGUGGCUUGAUAACACCAACGGCUUAUUUUUCAUUAUGGUCAUCGACUUCGAAGACUUGUUGGGCUCAUGAUCCAUGGAAAGAAGUAAUUCUCUCAACUAGCUGUUGAAAUAAUCUGCGACAACGAUUCAAAAGUAGGAACGGUCGUAACUUCCGCUGACUUUAUAUUGUAGAGGAGAACUUCCAAAGCCAGCAAAAACAUAUUACAUCUCUAGUACAAUUGCUUAUAUGAACUGUAUAAAAGUCUUAAAUCCAGAAGAGGGGAAACCUUGUAAUUACUCUUUUUUCACACUGAAUUUCCAUUAAAAUUUAAAACAACAAGGAAACAUACAAGGAGAGAUGCAUGAUUCAGAUACAUUUGUAGAAAUCAAAGAUAGCAGGUUCUAAACCUCUAGAAACAUAGCCCCAAGGAUCGGAGAGAUACAUGUAAUUACUCAUUAUUGACUAUUAUUUUUGAUAUUUUUUGGCCAAAGUUCCACCAAUAGAAAAACUGAAUAAAAGUUCCAAACCUAUCUCCUUUUACAUAUUUACUCAAGUUAAUCCCAACUUAACAUAAUCUUUAAAAAAUAUGCUUUUAAAAAGGGUUAUUGCUAAAACCCUCAAUUAUUUUGAACUGGAAAAAGUUUCUUCAUUAAUUUGAACUGAAAAAUCAGCCAAAAUUUUAUCCUCAAAUAAACAGGUUCUCCACACUUUGAGUUGUGUUACUCUGCGUACUUUGAUUGCUACACAUGUUUGGUGUACCUGUCUAUAUUUUUCAAAAAUGAAUUUCUAAGACCAUAUACAAUGGACCUAUUGAAUAAAACUUUCAACAGUUUAACACAUGCAAUGAGCUUGUUAAAAUCCAAAAAUUUGAUGUAGAUUACUUUUUUGUUGAAUUUAUUCAACAUGUUGAAAGUGCACCAUAUACAAUGGUUUGUAUAUUCAACAUUCUAAAUUUUACUUUUUACCAUUACACAUCAUUUCUUUUUCUUUCACAUAAUAAUUCAACACAGAUUUUACUUUUGUGUCAUACAAUAGUUUUGUUUCAACACCCUAAUUUACUAUUUUAUGUUAUGUUAUUGAUUUUUGUUAACAAAAAAUGAGUAAAAUUCAAGUGAAUCAUUUUAUUUCAUUAUUUUAAAAAAUCAAGUUUAAAUUUAUUAAAAACUAAUUAAUAGUUAUAUUAAAAUUUCUUUUUAAUUUGUAUCCAAAUCAAAUAAAACAAUUGUCUAUUUAUAAAGUAUCAAAAUGAUAAAUUUUGAUAUAACAUUAGAUUAAAAAUAAAAUUAUUUACUAUAUAAAAAUUAGCCACAAAUAAUAAGGGUGAAAAGAAAAAUAACAAAUAUAUCAACAGCCAAUGAUAAACCAACAUUUGCUAUUGUCUCUUUCAUCUCUCUUAGAUUCAACUAGUUGAAUAAAUUUAACUCAGUUUAAUCUACAUCACUUUCAACUAUUUAUUUAGCACUUCAUUGCACCAAUUAAACAGUUGAAAAACAAUUUCAACAGCCUCAUUGUAAAUAGCGAUAUGAAACCUACUAUGUUGAUUUUCUCCACUUUAAACCACACUCAAGAAACUGAGAACUGAACAAUUUUGUUUUUAAGAUUGUAUUGCCACAUGUGCAACAAUGCAACAAUAACACUAGUUGAUGGAAUUUUAUAUAAAAAAAGUGCACCCUAAUUACUUGAGAUCAAUUAUUUGUAUCAAAUAAUAUUUCUUAUGAAAAAGUGGUUUAUAAAUACAGAUUUGGUUUAUUUAAUUUGGAUAUAGGAAAAAUCAAUUUUUUACUACAACAUUAUCAUUAUUUUUAAGAAAAUACUAUUUCAAGUUGAUCAAAAAUAUUUUUUGUUUUAAAAUUUUGAAUUAAUUUAAUUUUAUAUUUUUGUCAACAUUUAAUUUUUAUUUGUUAUUGUUUUUAAAUAUAUUGCAUUUUUAAGCUAAUAAAAUACAAUUAUAGAAGAGGAAAAAUAUGAAAUAAAAAUGGUGGGUAUAGUGUUUAAUUUUGUUAAGUAAAAUCAUUAAAAGUAAAAAUUAAAUGAAUACUGAAUUAAUAGGUGGAAGAAAUAAAAGAUGAUGUAAAAUGUUAAAAAUGUAGAUUAAGAUGUUGAAUAAUUUCAAACAUUGUAGAUAGCUUAAGAGGAUUCAUGUGUCGCUCGUGGGAGUGUUGUUGUUUUCCCUAGCUGAAUUCAUCUAGUUGACUUGUUUCCCAAGAGUUCAAAAUUACCUCUCAGGUCCAAGUGACUCGUGGUGACCUCAUAUUAGUCGUGCUCACUUAUCUAUCUUUUUAAAGAAGAGUGGAACUAAGAAUUAACCAUAACACUUACAACUUAUUUACAAGGUAGUGCUAUUGAAGUAAUUAAUAAAUCUAAUUUUAAGUUUUUUUUUUAUCUUUUCCUAAUUUAAUAAACCAUUUUCUAAAUUGAUCAUAAACAAAAACAACUAAUUAAUAAUACUUUAAUAUCACUAAUAAACUACAUAGUCCUAACUUUUAGUAUUUAUUAUUUUUUUAUCCAAUUAAACAACCAUAAAACAUACAUAAGUUUUAAAAGAAUCAUGUAUAUAAUAUUUAAAUAAAUUAUAAAUUAAUAUAAAAUAUAUAUCAUCAAUUAUAAAAAUAAAUAUUUAUUUAUUAAAAAAUAAAAAUAAAUGUUCACGCGGAUGCACGAAUUAAGCUCUAGUAAUCAAUAUCACAUGGUUGUAUUUAUUCCUUUCUUCUAGUCCAACAUGUUAAAAGUAAAAUUAUGGUGAUGAUUAGUUUGACUGUAAGUAAAAUUAUAGUGAUGAUUAGUUUGACUGUAGAUGUAAAAAUUUAGUUGUAGAUAAGUUGAUUGUAGUUGUAAAGUUGUUAUUAUAUACUUUUCUUGCAAAGACUUUUGCCAUAGUAAAUUUGUUGUAGUUGUAAGUUAAGGAUGGUAGAUUUUUUUAAAUAAAAUAUGUGAUGUAUAUAUAAAAUAAUUAUUUUUAUUAAUUAAAAUAAUAUAUAUUAAUAUUUUUAAUUAAUUAUCAAAGUUUACGGUUAUUUAAAAUAUGAUAUGUAAAUAAUAUUUAUGCUAUUUCAAAUAUUUUUAAUAAUUAAAAAGUACCCAAAAUUAAUUAAAAUAUUUAUAUAUGUUUUUUAUUGUGAUUAUCUAAUUUAUUUGAUAUUAUAAAUAUGUUUUCACUUUACAUAUUCUACAACCUAUAUAAGGAAGAUGUAGUUUAUUUUUUUGCCUAGAAUACAUAAACAAAGUUUGAUUUAUUUUUCUUAUGUAGUUUUAAAAAUAAAGUUAAAGCAUGACUGGUAUAAAUUAAUAAAAAUUUGAUAUAGAUUUAACUUUUAAAAAUCAAGUUAUAUCAUGAUUAAUAAAGUUUAGUGACUUGAAAAUAAAUAAAGAUAAAGCCAAACUAAUCGUUCCAAUGUCAAUUUCUUUUUGAUACUACGAAAACAAGAAGAAAUACAAUUAGUAAAAUCAAAUAUAGUGUUUUCUUGGUUUUUUAGUAAUAGAAGUACAACUUUUAGACUGAUUUUUUUUUGUCCAUAAAAAUUAUUAUGGGCUUAUUUGUUGAAUAGCCAUAUAUCAUGUAUAAAUUAGGUAAGUAACACUGAUUUUGACAUAAUGUAAUGUCAGAUUUUUACACCAUAUUCCAGCCGAUUUUAUCUUUUCAUUUAACAGAUUUCCAGUUAACGUCUGAUAGGUGAUGACAUUGCCGGUUUGGGGAGCAGAUACGUAAGCGAUGGAAUAUAUGGCAAAAAAUGUUUUAACGGUUAUUCCAUUUAAAAGAAGAAGAGGAAGUCACGUCAAAAGGUACAGUUACCAAAUGUAUUUUUGUUGUAUGCAGUAAAACGAGUGAUGUAAAAUUAAAACCCAUAGCAAAAAUAGGUUAUUUUAUUUACUUACAGAUGUCAUGUCCAAGAAUGCAUUAGCACAUGAUUUAAAAUUUUUGGAGUAUUCUAUUCCAUAUCAUCAAAAUAGAAUAGGACACCAACCUCAUCCUAAUCCCUAAAUAAUAAACUGUAUCCCAAUCCACCUUUAAUCCAAAAUAGUAAAUCUAAACUCUAAUCACUAAACCAUAAACCAAAAUAUAAAUCCUAAAUACAAAUGUAAAAUCUAAAUCCAAAUGGAGUGGAACAAAAUAAAUAACAUAGUACAUAUUGGUGAAAUUAUGAAAUGACUAUGAUUGCAUGAAAAAAGUUUAUGUUGACUUUAACCUCAACCCCCACAUUCAAAUAAUAAAGCCUAAACACUAAUCACUAAACUCUACCAUGCAACGUAAACGAUGGGUUAAAUUUAACAACUUCGAUUAGACUUGGGCAAUUAUAUCCCAAAUAUGAUAUAGAAUCAUCACAAUAAUAGAAUUAAAUGCACACAACCGAGAACUUACAGUAUCGCAACAGAUCUCAGACGAAUCGCCGAUGUGAAGGAGACGAGGCUCGGGUUGCUCCUUCUCGCCGAUUAGACUGUAACGACGUCUUCUCGCAAUCGAUUUCAGAAUGGAGACGAUAUCCUCUUUGCAACGCACUUUGAGAAAGCGAAUAAGUUCGGACAAGGCUGACGACGACAAAGAAGGUUAAAAGAAUUGAUGUGAAGGGAAAUAAGCCACAGUUUACUUUUUUACAGAUAAUAGGUAAUAUUUUUAUUUUAUUUUUCUUUUGCUUCAGGUUUCACCGGUUGCAGGAAUAGACCACACAAUAUUAUUAUAUAAAUUUAACGCAUUGUAUAUGAAUGUUAAGUAAAUUGGUUAUAUAGUGAAUUAUAGAUAUUUUCAUGGUGAUACAAUCAAAUUUCUUUUUUUUUUCUAACCUCGAGACAAGACAAAGUACUCGAUUCAGAAACAAAAAAACCAAAAAUUCGAAAACAAGAAAUCUUCGUUAUGCUCUAAAGCCUUCCAACCUGCGAAAUUACUUUUAUACUCAAAUAAAAUAUUAAUUUAAUAUAAUUUCACCAAAUCCCAUCUCUAUUGUCAUAGUUUUGACUAAUUUCCUCUAAAUUAAAAUGGUUUAGACUAAAUAAUGUAACUUUCGUGGCAGUUAAACACGGAAACAGAACCCGUGACAGCUACAGAGACACGCAUCAACCACCCGUGUUGAAAAACUCAAAAAUUCGAAACAACUGUAUUAUUGUCUGAACAGAUUUUUUUUUUUUUUUUU